AUGAGCUCUUUUAGUAGGGGAAGGUACUCUACUAAGUCUACGCCUUCUUACAGUCCGAGCACUGGAAUAGUGCAUCCCCAGGAGAAACUUGAUUUGUUCUUAAUCAAAGGGUACCAGCUUGUUUCAGCUAACUCGGUAAUAAAUGAGGAUUUAAUGUCUAAAUUAAGUUUGACGACGAGUGGUUCGAUGGUUUCUGACUCCGUCGCGGAUAAGGAGCUCUCUAAUUUCCAGAAAUUAUCACAGUUAUAUAAUGCUAGCAUACCGCUAAUGACGCUUGAUGACAACAGUACGUCUCCAAAGUCAGCUAUUGAGUUAUGCCAACGGUUUCACCAAAUUUUAAAGGAACUUGAAUUGAGUUUUGAAGCCAGUCCAUAUGCGAAAUACUUCACUAGAAUAAACUCUGAGGAAAACCAGGGCUUCUGGAAGAUAAAAGACGAUGAUUCCUUAAGAGAGGAUGCGCUUUGGCAAUCUGUCUCGGAAACUAUAACAAAGAUGUAUGACCUGGGACGGGGGUUGAUUCUCUCUUCCGUAAACAAGAGGCGAAGUGCAGCAGUAUCUAGUAAGAACUCGCCGACGCAGACAAAAGAUGAUCCUAUCUCGUACCAGCAACUGAGAAGGAAGUUAAAGAAGUUACAAACAAAUGGAGAGAUGGGUAACGUAUCCGGUGCUAACCGAAAUGGAACUGGCAGUGAUAUGAGCUUGAAGAAUGGUAUGCCCAAAAUAGACGCGAAAUUCGGCGAUGAUGCUCUGCGAAACGGUUUUGCCAAAGCUAGAAAUGUUGACAGCGACUCCUUCUUUAGGGGUUACUACACAAUGCCAACUUCUCCAUCCUCGUUGUGGAACAACGGGAUCAACUUCAAUGACAAGAGAUUUCAGAGCACAACGGAGAACUAUCCAGUGGAAGAGUUGCUGGAGCUUGCAACAAGUGAAGCCAACAAAAACAGUGCCAACAGCAUUGGCGAUAUUAAUGGGGGUAGCAACCAUAACGAUGUGGAAGAUGAUACUGCAGGGAUAACAGUGGAUACUAAUGGCAUCAAAAAUCCUGGAAAUCAAGGUCGAAGAGUUAAAAACAGUAAUAAUGGUAUCAUCGCGUCCGCAGAGCUACCUGUCAUUCAUGAGAUAUCAACUAUCCCACAAUCUUUAUCAAUAAAAGAAAAUGAACUAUACGAUAGACUACUAAAGGAAAAGGAUCAAAGAAUUAUAGAAUUAGAACGUCAAUUACAAUCGGAAAAAGAAGAAGUAAUAAUGUUGCGAAAACUUUUGUUGGAAGAUGUCGGAUGUAUUCGAAAUAUGCUAUUCGAAAUAAGGGAUAAAUAA